CUGGAUGAGAUCCUGUCCUUGGGCAGGGCUGUGCUCCGUGGGAGGCUGCCUGCCUGACCUUGGAGUGGGUUCUGAGAGGGAAAGGCCAUUCAAAGAGUCACUGGUGUCCACCUGAGAGAAGGUUCAGUGAGACAGAAAGCAAGCAGCAGCAUGAACGAGAGCAUCAGUGAUGCAGGGUCCAGCAGUGCUGGCUCCCUUCAGGAGGAUCUCGCCAAYCUUGUCAUCUGGGCACACACUCACGGUACCAUCUGCGACCAGAUCCCAGCCCUGGAAUUUAUGCAAAACACAGAUCACCUGAGCAAUGACAACGCUGUGCUGUGGAUGUGCAGAGAUGGGCAUGCCUAUCACUGGCGCUGUGGGAAGGUCCAUGACACCAAAAAAGAAGACCCUGAAGCUGUAGGAAGGAGAAAGAGGCUCCUGUCUUCUGAGUCCUUGGUAGGGGAAGCCAGCUUUGAGGAAAAGAAACUCAAGCUGUCCCCAUCAUCUUUGGAGAUGGGUCAGGGAGAUUCUGGGAGCACAGGAUCAUGUGACAGAUCCAAUGGGGUCACCGAGCAGAACGAUGACGGUGCCUGCACAAGGAAUGACGACGAGUCCAGGGGGAGUCAGAAUACUGGGAAACCYUUAAUGUCAUACUCUGCAGCAGAGCAACACUUGUCAAUGCCUGGUAGAGUCCAAACAGAGCCAUCUGCUGAGGAUUUGCAGAUACUCCACUGCGAGAAGAUGGCGUUGCACCAGCCAACGCCCCCMCAAAGAGCUGCCUUUUCUCCCACGKCAAGGCCAUCYGUAAACCGUGCCUACAUUCUGCAGGCUCCUGUCAGCGACCCCGAAGACCCAAGCAGGAACAUCCUGAGGCUGGCUCCUUUCACUGCUGCAGGGCCCAUGGCUGAAACUUCCAGACAAAGGAGUCCCCCGGKGUCAGCAGCACCAAAGGUACAACUCAAACCCCUUCCUGUCCCCUGCACUGAAGCYGGGGCCCAGCCUGAGUCACAGCCCUUGGUGACAUUCUUUGAGUUCCAAGCCACUGCUGAUGUUCAGCAGCAUCUCCAGCUGAGCCCUUCAGAGUGUGGGACACUGGGAAGGGUCUGCAGCGGGGAYAGUGCUGAGAACGUGGGUGAGAACAGCAAGACAUUGGGAUCUGGGCAGACACCUUGUUCUUCAGCCACCCAGAAUCCAGAGAGCCAUGCACCUGCAGCCUCAAACAGAGAUGURCCGAAGAAGCAGAAAAAGAAAAGCUGUAACACUGGGGACAUAAACAUGUUCAAAGCGUGGUUGAAGUUGCACCACCCCUCGGAGACACGCAAGAUCCACCUGCUGCCUCCCGCAGACCUCGACCGCUACCUGGUCUCAUUCUUCAGCUCUGCCAAGAAACAGAAUGGCAAUGAUUUUUCUUCCAAUUCUUUAUACUUCUCCCGGCGCAACAUCGACCUAUAUCUCAAGAAGCACAGCUACCAGUACAGCAUGUUGAAAGGGCCAGAGUUCAGAGCCUCUCAGGAAGUCUGGAAAUCAAAGCAUCGGUACCUGUUCCAAAAGGAGAGGGAGGAAGAGUGGACUGUGGUGGAGAAAAUGACAGAUGAAGAUGUGGAAAACCUUCUUAAGAAAGGCAUUUUAAGCAAGAUGCACCCUCAGGGYUUGCUGCACCUCAUGUUCACCAACCUCAUUAGGGGGUUUGGGGCAAGCACCCACAUGCAGAACCCCCAGCUGUACUGGGGACAGCUGGUGCUGAGGAAGACCAACGGAGAGGUGGAGUAYUUGGAGUGGAAGGACAAUCUGAGCCCGGAGGGAAACGAAGGGGAGCUGAGCCCACGRCUCUUAGCCAAGCCUGAGGAUCCAGAGAACUGUCCAGUUGCCAGUUACAAGGAGUAUGCCAGGAAGAGGCCRCCAGACAUGCUGAAUGACAACCACCCUCUUUACCUGUCUCCCAAGGCACUGUGCUCCAUCUGGGACAAGGUGUGGUACAGCAGGAAGGCACUGGCAAAAACCAAAAUGGAUAAGAUCUUGAAAGCUAUUGCCCAGGAAGUCAGAGAGGUUGUAAAGAAAAGGAAAUAGAGGUGUCUUGUCGGCUUUACCCUUUAAGCUGCUCCAAGGCUGCUCUGGAACAGAAU